UUUUAUUGCUAAAUUCCAAAUUUUCCCCGUCUUUAGGCAGCGAAGCAAAAGUCUAGCAACUCUCUUAGUCAGCUGUCAAAGUCAUUCGGUUUUUGAGGUUUUAUUUGUGGAAAAAUCUAAGUCAAAAUGCAACCACAGAUCCUCGUGCUAAAGGAAGGGACGGACCAGUCCCAAGGCAAGCCCCAGCUCAUCUCCAACAUCAAUGCCUGCCAACUUGUAGUAGAUGCAGUCCGCACAACCCUGGGCCCUCGAGGCAUGGACAAGCUGAUCGUAGACCACAACGGCAAGGCGGUGAUCUCCAACGAUGGAGCUACCAUCAUGAAGCUCCUGGAUAUUGUGCAUCCGGCUGCUAAAACCCUGGUGGAUAUUGCUAAGUCGCAGGAUGCUGAGGUCGGUGAUGGCACCACGUCUGUGGUCAUCCUGGCUGGAGAGCUUCUGAAGAGAUUGAAGCCGUUUGUUGAAGAAGGUGUACAUCCGCGUAUUAUAAUUAAGGCUAUUAGGGUGGCGGCCAAACUUGCAGUGGAUCGCGUCAGAGAAUUAGCGGUGAAAAUUGAUAAUACGUCGCCUGAGAAACAGAGGGAGCUUCUGACCAAGUGUGCAGCCACCGCUAUGUCUUCGAAGCUGAUUCACCAGCAGAAAGACCACUUCUCCAAGAUGGUGGUUGACGCUGUACUGUCCUUGGACGCUCCACUGCUGCCUUUGGAUAUGAUCGGUAUCAAAAAAAUCUCCGGUGGUGCUCUAGAAGACUCGUUCAUGGUAGCCGGAGUGGCCUUCAAGAAGACAUUCUCGUAUGCUGGCUUCGAGAUGCAGCCCAAGAGCUAUGAGAAUUGCAAGAUUGCUCUGCUGAACAUCGAGCUUGAACUUAAAGCGGAGAGGGAUAAUGCUGAGGUCCGAGUAGACAACGUAUCAGAAUACCAGAAAGUGGUCGACGCUGAAUGGCAGAUCCUGUACGAGAAGCUCCAAGCUCUUCACGCGAGCGGAGCCAACGUGGUGCUGAGCAAGCUGCCCAUAGGAGACGUGGCCACGCAGUACUUUGCUGACCGUGACAUGUUCUGCGCCGGUCGCGUGCCUGAAGAGGACAUGCGCCGCACCCAACGCGCCUGCGGGGGCGCAGUCCUGAGCUCUGUACGAGACCUGCAGCCCUCCGCCCUCGGCACCGCCGCCGCCUUCUCCGAGCGACAGGUCGGCGGCGAGCGAUACAACAUGUUCACUGGAUGUCCGGCAGCGAAGACGUGCACCCUGCUCCUCCGCGGUGGUGCGGAACAGUUCCUGGAGGAGACUGAGCGGUCGCUGCACGACGCCAUCAUGAUCGUGCGCCGGACCAUCAAGAACGAUGCCGUCGUCGCUGGUGGAGGCGCCAUUGACAUGGAAAUCUCUAAACACCUCCGCGAGUACGCCAAGAGCGUCGCCGGGAAGGAACAGCUCCUGGUGGCAGCAGUGGCUCGCGCCUUCGAGGCAGUUCCUCGGCAGCUGUGUGAUAACGCCGGCUUCGAUGCCACAAACCUGCUUAACAAGCUGAGGAAUAAGCAUCAUAACGGCGAGGUGUGGUACGGCAUCGACAUCCAGAAGGAGGACAUCGGCGACAACUUCGUGUCGUGCGUGUGGGAGCCCGCCGUCGUCAAGAUCAACGCCAUCACCGCCGCCUGCGAGGCCGCUGCACAGAUCCUGUCCGUAGACGAGACGAUAAAGAACGUCAAAAGCGGAGACAUGCCGAUGGCCGGAGCCCCGGGACGCGGCAUGGGCCGGCCUCGCAUGGGAUAGACCAUGCAUGCAUGCACGCCUUACUCACAUACUCUUAGCUUAACGUGAAGUAUUACAGCUGUUGUUGCGUCGAAAAUA